UCUGCUUCUGGCACCUCAAAGGAGAUGCGCUGCCUGCUGACGACUCAGAGCCAGAACUGCUACCGGGAGCAGAUUCAGAAGGAGAUGUUGACACGUUUGGCCUGGAAGAGCCGCUACGCCAAGCUCUACCCGUCCUGCUACAGCCCCCAAAACUACAGCAGAGAGUCCACACAGCUGGCCCACCUGCCUGCUGCCUCCCGGGCAGCCCUGCCUCCUGUUACCAGGACACCCAAGAGUCAGAGCAACCUUCCUCCUCCUCCUCCUCUUCCUCCUCCUGUGCUCUCUGUGGAGGGGGACGGGCGUCUCAGUGUUCCUCCCACGAUGAGGCCAGUUUCUCCCCAGACCAGACAGACUCUCUAUCAGGACUCGUCUCAGCACGGGAGAGGGCGGAGUCUGUACCUGCACAGACGUGGACAGAUGAGACCCGAGGAGAAGUUUGAUUUUCCCGUGCUCUCGUCCUGGGAGUACGGGUGGAGGCUGGGUGACUACACUCUGGAUUACAGAACGCCGUCCCGUGCCAGGUCGUCGGUGGUGAAGAGCACCUUCUACGCCAGGAACGGUGUGUUCAGCAGCCCAUCAGCCACCGACACGCUGGGCUGAAGUUCAUCAGACGCCAGUGGCUUGAUGUUUUUGUUUUACUGGCCAAAGGUCGGGUCAUUUGGGGGAUUUUAAGGGAUCAUAAACUAUUCUGGGAUCAUGACAAAUGGCAACUUUUGGGGGCAAGACAUAAAACUUUGGCAUUAGAGAAUGCCAUAACAAAACAAGGGAAUGUAUCUGAUCAGAAAUCCUUGACUUCCUGUAACACUGUUUGUUUACCAUCCACACAGCUGUAAGUUUAAAUGUCCUGUAAGCUGAUACUGUGUGAUGGAUAAUGAAUGAACUCCUGGCCUGGGAUCAGUCAGAGUGAGUCACUUCAUCUCGACACCUGAUACCUCCGUGUUUCUAAACAGUGACCUGGAGGAAAUGUUACACACCACAACACUGAAUCAUUUAUUUCUAAUCAGUCAUAAUAGCAGUGUAGUUUUAUUACUUUCUUUGAUCCCAGGUGUGUUCGUGUUUGGAAG